UUUCUUUUUCCGGUGCCUUAACUUGCAGAUGCCAAAAGAAACAACGGCAACUUUGAAUCCGAAAUGCCGGUUCUCUCCGAUGACUCCAAUUCCUCGGCACGGUUAUCGGCGGACAACGCCGAGGCGGAGCGACGGUUGCGUGAGGCGGAGGAUCGUUUGAGGGAAGCCGUGGAUGAGCUACAUAGACGUCAGAGGACGGCCGCCUGCGGCGAUUCCCCUCCGUGUGACCACGCCGAUGACUCAUGCGUGGCCAACGCUAUUGGAAAUCUUUGCCAAAGCUUUCUCCUUUCUUAUGGUGUUAGAGUAGGUAUCGGGAUUCUUCUUCGCGGUUUCAAGCUCGCAAGAAGAAAGUCUUAUUCCUCGCUCCUUGAUCUCAAGCAACUUGUCUCAGAGAAAGAUUUGAUCGUGAGAGAGGAAGCAUGCCGCAUUGGCUUACUUUUUGGUGGCUUCACUGGUUCAUACCAUGCGAUUCGAUCUUUACUGAGAAAUUGCAGAAAGAAAGAGACACCAAUGAACGCAAUUUUAGCAGGUUCCAUUGCGGGAUUGUCUAUUUUAGCUUUAGAUGAUUCAAAUCAAAGGCGAACACUUGCUUUGUAUCUUUUGGCUAGAGUAGCUCAGUGUGCUUAUAAUUCUGCGAAGUCAAAAAAUAAGUUUCACUUAUGGGGAAGCCAUUGGAGGCAUGGGGACUCCCUGCACUUUUCUUUAGCUUGCGCUCAGGUUAUGUACGCCUUUGUAAUGCGUCCUGAAAGCUUGCCUAAAUCCUAUAAAGAUUUUAUUCAGAAGACUGGUCCUGUUGCUGCUCCUGUAUAUAAGGCUGUAAAGGAGAAUUGUAGAGGUGGGCCAGUGGAUGUUGCAGCUAUAUCAGCCUACAUAAAUAGCCAAAGGAGGUCCAAUAAUGUGAAGUUGGGAGAGUUCCCGUCAAUUAUUCCUUGUUCUGUUAUUCAUCCAGACACAAAUUCUUGUCUAGCGCACAAUGCCAAGGCAGCGUCAGCUACAUUCAGGAAAACAUUCCCUCUAUACUUCUCUCUGACUUUUGUGCCAUUUGUGGUUCUGUACCUACAAAAGUUUAUGGAUACCCCUGCUCGUGGCUGUUGGCUUGCUGUUAAAGGUGCUGUUCAAUCAACAUCUUUCUUGUCUGCAUUUGUUGGAAGUUUUCUGGCGGUUAUAUGCUUGCAUAGAAAGAUUGCAUUGACAGACCACAAGCUGGUAUAUUGGGUUGCUGGUGCUUUAUCAGGUCUUUCAAUAUUACUGGAGAAAAAAACUAGACGCAGUGAACUUGCUCUAUAUGUUCUUCCACGAGCUGGAGAAUCAUGGUGGAAUAUUUUAGUAAACCGGCACCUGCUUCCCGAUGUUAAAAAUGCUGAGGUUGUCUUAUUUUGUGCAUGCAUGGGAGGAAUCAUGUACUACCUAGAACAUGAGCCGGAUACCAUGGCCCCGUUCCUUAGAGGUCUAAUCCGACGCUUCCUGACUAGCAGAAUAAGCAAUCCUGGUCCUUCGUCUAGUCUGACAGCUUCCUAUGCCUACUUGCAUAAGUUCGAGGCCACGAACAAACCAAAAGUUCAGGACAAUCAACAAGUUGGGACUCGAACUUCAAAACAAUACAACCUUGAAUCUAUACCGGGGCUAUAGGCACGAUAUUGUUGCGUAUGAUAUCACCCCUGGAGUUUCAGUCAACCACCUGUUAUUUGCAAUCUAUAUUCACAUUGUUGCUAAAUAUAUUAGUAGAUCAUUAGACUAGAUUCAAUGCCUCUUUUAAGGCAAAUAUUCGUAGUCCCGGUGUAGGAUCGCUCACGAAAUCUUGUGAUUAAUUAGUCCACCAAGGGAAACGGUCA